AUGGUCCUCGGCUGGCUGUUGCUGCUGCUGCUGGCGCUGCCCCCAGGCACGAGGAGCAUCAAGGACUGCUUCUUCUGUGAGCUGACCGACUCCCAGCAUUGUGCCAGCACACGCAUGAGCUGUGGGGACGAGGAGGACUGUUUCACGGGCUUCGGGGUGGCUCCAGACCUGGGCCCCAUCACCAACAAAGGCUGUCUGCGCAACACCAACUGCGGCCACGAGCAGCCCGUCAGCUACAUGGGUGUCACCUACAGCCUCAUCACCACCUGCUGUGACGGCGACCUAUGCAACGCAGCCUCCCUGACCACGGACACCCGGACGGCUGAAGCCAUCACCGGCCUGGCGCUGGGCUGGUUACUGCUAUUCCAAUAG